CGCCUCCUUUGUUCUGCCCUCAAGCUACGCGGGGUUUCCCAACAUGUUCAAGGGCGCUGCUCUUUUCUUGCUUCUCCUCUGCACUGCUUCCGUCUUCGCCUUCCCUUUUCCCCAAGGGCAGGUGUUACGCCGCCUUGCGCCUCAGCUCCGGGACCCUGUGCACGGAGAAACGAACGCGAAGCGACUCGCGAGGGGCUUGCCUCUUUUACCGCCAGCUAGGAGGUGGAAUGCUGAAGCUUCACGAACUGAGACUGCCAAAAGGGCACAGGGCAGCGACACAUACCACUGGCACGGAAAAAUUCAAGUAAAUGCCACGAAUAAUGGAAACUUAGUUGGAUACCUCGAACUGGGCACCAAUUGGUACAUAGUAGGUACGGAGUCGGACGCCGAUACUUUCUCGGCGGCAUUUCAUGCGUAUGGCAUCAGUCAUAGCGUGAGUUUCCAGAGUGAUUUAAAAACUCUGAGUGCCCAUCCCUAUUUGGCAGGUCUCAUCGAUCGGGGGGUUGCACUCGGUAAGGGAAAGGCGAGCUAUGCUUUUUUGGGUUCUUCAGUGCAAACUGGAUCCAAUGAUCCCCCUCAAUCUGGCGGCGCAGUUUCCGUUACUGGAAAGAACUAUGAGACGGCGUUUUGGGAUUACGAUCCUACAACUCAAAUUAUCACACCCAACUGGGUGGAUAUUGAUAACCACACGCUAACGCUAUCCGUCGUGUGUGAAAAGUGGUACGGCGAUAAGAAGAUCUAUCUCACGACAGAUGCGCAGGGCGUCAUGAUUGCUAAUCGUUACUCACAGAAUGUGACUCUCUCUGUGGUUUGAACCGGGACCGAGCUGAGAACCAAACCUAGGCAGCCGACUCGGCCUACUGAAUAGUAGAACAUCAGCAAAAGGUCCUCAGGGUUUCACUUCAAAUGGUUUGAAAACAAUUGAGUUCACUUCUGAACUGAAUUGAAACAUGACACCUUUACUAAAAUGCUUUGGGAAAUUGGUCAAUUCGGCCAGUUUCAUGGUAUUAGAAGCAACAGGAUCAUCAGAAGUGUCCAAAGUUGACCACGACAAUUUCCUGAUGAAGCACCGCUUAAGGCAAGGGAGCAUUACAUAACCAAUAGAGUCGAUGAUCGCAUUCAUUUUUUUGUAUUGGGC